CACUCGGCGCGCACUAGCGAUUAGAUCACCCCGAAGUCGUUAUACCCUUGUCUGUGUGUAAAUACGAAUAUAUAUAAACGUGGUUAGUAUAAUAAAAAAGAAGGUGUUUUAAAUACGAGAUUUACAUAUUUCUGGCACACGUGGAUCCCAGAUAUGAAUCCCUCAGAGCCAAGCAGCACCGAGACACUCAGGUACUACAAUGAGUUCACAUUGGACGAUACUGAACCAAGUUCUAAGAUGAAAGAUGUGAUUGAUGUUCUUGCAAUGCAACGUGAGAAAAGAAAUACGUUACAAAAAAGCAUCACAAUUGAUUACACCAAGUCUAGCGACAGUUUCACAGUUUCACGAUUUAUCUUUGAGUGUGGUUUAAAAUUAGAAGCUCAUCCUUUGACAAUAGCAACUGCGGCAACUUUGUAUCACAGAUUCAUGAGAGAAGCAACAGCACAGGGAUAUGAUCAUUAUUUGAUAGCUGCCACUUGUCUUUAUCUGGCUGGUAAAGUAAAGGAUGACACAUUAAAGACAAGAGAUGUAAUGAAUGUAUCAUAUAAUACACUUCACAGAGGAUCUCAACCACUUGAUCUUGGAGAUCAGUAUUGGAGUAUGAGAGAUGCAAUUGUUCAGGCAGAACUUUUAGUUUUGAGAAUGCUCAAGUUUCAAGUGAUAUCUGUGCUUCCACACAAAUAUUUACUUCAUUAUCUACGGUCUUUGCAAACUUGGUUUGGUGAAGAAGAAUGGUCUAAAUAUCCAGUAGCUAAAACUAGCAUGGCAUUGCUGCAAGAUUUUCAUCAUUCUUCAGCUAUUCUCGAUUACCCGCCAAAUCUAAUAGCAAUAGCUUGCAUAAAUUUGUCUUUGCAAAUUUAUGGAGUGGUUGUUCCUUUAAUGGACGAAUGCGAUCAGCAGCCAUGGUUUAACGUUUUCAGUAAAGAUUUAACAAGAGAUAAGCUGUGGGAAAUUAUGGAGAAGGUUAUGGCGGCGUAUGAUGAGGAGCCCGAAACAAGAGACAAUUAAAAAAUAUGUGCUUAUUGCAAUAAUAUCUGUAUCUAAAAUUGAUCUAUCUAUUGCAAUAAAUGUUUUCUAUUGAAUAUUGAAAUAUAUAAAAAUGCUUUAUACUAAACCGUUCAUUAAUACCUGCAGUUCAGUGUAAAAAAAAA